AUGUCGCAACUGGCCGCUCGAUUUGCGGUCCCGCUGGGCGUUGCAGCGAUUGCGCUGCAGUCAAGUCUGUAUGAUGUGCCAGGAGGAUACAGGGCGGUCAUGUUCGACCGCUUCCAGGGUGUGAAGAACGUCGCGAGUGGCGAGGGCACGCAUUUCCUGAUUCCAUGGCUUCAGCGUGCCAUCUUGUACGAUGUUCGCGUAAAGCCAAGGAACAUCUCCACGACCACUGGCUCGAAGGAUUUGCAGAUGGUCUCACUCACCCUGCGUGUCCUGUCACGACCCGAUGUGCGCCACCUUUCGCGAAUCUACCAAUCCCUGGGGCAAGACUAUGAUGAGCGAGUUCUCCCCUCGAUCGGGAACGAGGUGUUGAAGGCGACUGUUGCGCAAUUCGAUGCUGCAGAGCUCAUCACGCAACGUGAAGUGGUCAGCGCACGGAUUCGCGAGGAUCUGCUAAAGCGUGCGCAGGAGUUCAACAUUGUCCUUGAGGAUGUCUCAAUUACACAUAUGACAUUCGGCCAAGAAUUCACGAAGGCCGUCGAGCAGAAGCAGAUCGCGCAGCAAGACGCCGAGCGCGCCAAGUUUGUCGUUGAGAAGGCUGAGCAAGAGCGGCAGGCGAGCGUUAUCCGUGCCGAGGGCGAGGCGGAGGCGGCGACGACCAUCUCACGCGCGCUGGAGAAGGCAGGCGAUGGAUUGCUGACGAUCCGGCGCAUUGAGGCAAGCAAGGAGAUCGCAUCGACGCUGUCAAAUGCACGCAAUGUGACCUAUCUGCCGCACGGAAACGGCAUGCUCCUCAACAUGCAAGCGUGA